AUGAGUUGUUGGCUUGAUACUGACGAUGAACUCGAAAUCAUCGACAGUACUUCCGUAGAGAUGAACCUCCUCAAGAGGAAGAAGCCUGAGGAGCAAGAAGAUAGAAAAAUGAGCUGGGUGGUUGAGGUUGACGAUAAACUCGAAAUGAUGGGCAAUGCUUCUUCAAGUUCAUCCCCCAAGAAACACUCUAUCUACAGAGUACCACCCUUCAUUGCACGCCAAAACAAGAAGGUCUACAGUCCUCAAACAGUGUCAUUUGGCCCUUACCAUCACGGUAAGGUUGAUUUGAAACCAAUGGAGUAUCACAAGGAGCGUUCUCUUCUUCAUUUUCUUCAGAGAACUAAAGUUCCUCUCAAAAUCAUCUUCGAUUCCUUCGCCCAAGUGGAAAAAGAGUUGAAAGAUUCAUAUGAUUCACUUGAUUCUAAGUGGCAAACUGACAACGAAGGCUUCUUGAAGCUGAUGAUUGUUGAUGGCUGUUUCAUGCUGGAAAUUUUCCGGGCAGUCACUAAAACUCCGGCCGAUUAUGACGCCGACGAUCCCAUUUUCGGAAAUCACGGGAAGGUCUAUAUGAUGCCGUUUAUCAAGCGGGACAUGUUGGUGCUGGAAAAUCAACUGCCCAUGCUUGUUCUUGACAAGCUUCUAGAUAUCAGUGGUAAAAAGGAAGAUGAGGAGUCCGUCAACAACCUGAUACUCAAUUUCUGUUGUUCCAAGACUCCUGUCAAAUAUUCACCAAAAUGGGGACAAUGCUUGCACGUACUUGAUAUAUUUCGGAAAUGCCGACUAGGUAAAGACCCCGGCACCGGCUCCGGCUCCGACAGAAAAUAUGGUAGCACAAAGCCGAGAAAAGUCAAUGCGACUCUAAUCACGCGCUCGGCAACGGAGCUGUUAGAAGCCGGUGUCCGAUUCGAGAAUAAAGAAAGCGACAGCCUUAACGGCAUCUCAUUCAAAAAAGGAGUCCUGACACUCCCCUCCUUCGUCAUCGACGAUACAACUGAAUCGACGUUUCUGAACAUGAUCGCUUUUGAACGGUGUCAUGUCGGCGCCGGCAACGAGGUGACGUCAUUCAUCUGGUUCAUGGACAACCUCAUUGACACCGCCGCUGACGUCAGCCUCCUGCAGUCCAAAAAUAUCGUCCAUAAUUUCAUCGGAAGUGACAAAGGUGCGGCCAAUCUGUUCAACACCAUCUCGAAGGAGUUGACGAUCGAUCAGGAGAGUGGGCUGGGCUCUGUGCAUUCGCAGGUCAAGGAAUACUGCGAGCAGAAGUGGCAUAGGUGGCGCGCCAAUCUCUGUCAUACCUACUUCACGAAUCCAUGGACUCUAAUUUCCGUCAUCGCCGCCGGCGUUCUUUUCGGUCUCACUGGAACUCAGACUGCAUUCAGUGCUUUGCAAUACUACCAGAGUCCGAGUCCGACUCCGAGUCCAAUUCCGGGUCAGCAUCACUAGGGAACUUCCUGUCCUCCGAGAACCGGGUGAAGCUACUACUUAAUUAUCAAUAAUGUUACUAAUAUUUCAUUUAAGCAUUUUAUUUGAGGACUUAAUAUAUCAUAAUUAUUAGAUUGUUAUUGAAUUUAAUUUAAUACCUAAAUUCA